AUGGACGCCGGCAAGCUGAAGAAGGUGGCCGGGAAGAAGUUCGGCGGGCCGAGGAAGAAGUCGGUGACCAGGUCCGUCAAGGCCGGGCUCCAGUUCCCCGUCGGCCGCAUCGGUCGCUUCCUCAAGAAGGGCCGCUACGCCCAGCGCGUCGGCUCCGGCGCCCCCGUCUACCUCGCCGCCGUCCUCGAGUACCUCGCAGCCGAGGUGCUGGAGCUGGCCGGGAACGCCGCCAAGGACAACAAGAAGAGCCGCAUCGUGCCCAGGCACCUGCUGCUGGCCAUCCGCAACGACCAGGAGCUCGGGAGGCUGCUGUCCGGCGUCACCAUCGCCCACGGCGGCGUCAUCCCCAACAUCAACCCGGUGCUGCUCCCCAAGAAGGCCGCCGAGAAGGCUGAGAAGGCCGAGAAGACCGCCACCAAGUCGCCCAAGAAGGCCACCAAGUCCCCCAAGAAGGCCACCAAGGCGUAG